CACGCGUCCAUCAUCGUCGGCAUGCGCGACGACGAGAUCCUCGGCCCUGGCGAGUACACGUGCCGGCGCACGUCGGCCGCCGUCGCAUGGGACGGCUUCGCCUUCGCCAAGGGCGUCUUCGCCAAGCGCCAUGCGAUCAAGAGCUUGAUCAUGGCCAAGGUCGAGGCCAACAUUGCCCUGAGCGAUAUGGCCAGUGGCUGGGACGAGCUGCACGUGGGCCACCAGCUUGUGGCCGUCGACGGCAAGAGCGUCGACCGACUCUCAUCUUCGGAGCUCGCGCGCCUCUUGCUUAAUGCGACCGAGCUCACGCUCGUGGACGAGAAGCGCGGCCAGCUUGAGCGCGACCUCAUGCUUAGCGUGCGUGGGUCAGUGCACUUUAUGUCGGCCGUCGAGCUCCACGAGCGCAUGCAGCGUGCUGUGGCGUUCCUGCUGACAAACAAGCUCGACAUGGCGUUUGUCCUCCUCUCGGAAAUCCCGCCGGGCGCCGACGUCCUCGUGAGCGUCCUCAAGGCCGAGCUCCAAUUCGUGCGUGCGCUCGUGUCGCAAGAUGCGCUCUGCACACAGAAAGCCAUCGAGGACGCUGAAAAGGCGGUCGCGAUCGUCUCGCAGUUCACAGAGCUACCGCAGCGCUCGGUCGCGCGCAAGCUUCGAUGCGAUGCUGCGCUGGCCGAGGCGUAUGCACUGACCGGCAUAUCGCACCUGCUCCAGCACAACGUCAACCCCGCCGUGACCGCGCUGCGCAAGAGCCUCAGUCUCUACACGUCGCUUCGCCAUGCGCUGACGACCGCGUCGCCGCGUCUGCCGCAACGCACGUACACGGAUCUUCUCGGCCGCGCGCGCUUUGGACUUGGCGUCUUCCACCUCUUUAGCGCCGUCGUACCGGCCGAAUUUCAGUGGAUUCUGCAGCUGCUCCAAGUCCAUGUCGACACUCCGCACGGUAUGAAGCAGCUGCACGCCGCGUGGACAACCCAAAACUUGCGUGCCCCGUGGGCCGGGGUCGCGCUCAUGAACGCAUCGCCCGCGCUUCUGCAACACCGACUUCGCACCAAGUCGACGACAACACCAACAAGAAGGACCGCGUCAACCGAUGACGAGCUGUCGUCGUCGUCUUCGUCGCCGGCUUCGUCCGAUGACGAAGGCGACACGAGUGCCAUUAUGCACUGGCACGACCCCACUGCCAUGCGCGAGACGCUGGAGCGCGUCAUGACCGAGUGCUUGCGGCUACACCCGAAUUGGGUCAUCUACCUCUGGAGUGCGAGCGUCGCAGCCCAGUGGCAGGACCCGUCGCGAGCCCUCGUCCUCGGCGUCCGCGCCGAGGCAGCCGUCGGUGCGAGCGAGCGCACGUACCAGCUGCAGCUUCACAAUGGCCACGUAAGCUUCCGCAUCCUUGCCGUCGAGCGCGCGACGUCGUAUUUCCAGUCGAUCAUCACGCAACACGCGCGGACCAAGGCCAUGGCGCCGACGUCGACGCAGCUCGAUGCGUGCGUGCACCUCGCAGCGUGCAUCGGCCUCGACGAUCCACGAGCAACCAAGACGAUGCGGUCGCUGCUUCGCCACGCACUCUUCUUGAAGAAGGAGCCGAUCGACGAGGACGCGGCGUUGCUCCUCGACCGCGCGGCGUACUACGACCGCCUCCCGGAUGCCCACUUGCCACUCUUGGCCUUUGACUUGCUCUUCCUCGGCGCCGACCAACGACUUACGGGAUCCGAGAUUGCCGACGCCGCACAAAUGUGGAUGACGCGCACGUGUCCGACGGUCGUGACGCGCCCUGCGUCGAGCAUCGCGCUCGAGACCGCAUUUGCAACGUGGUCGGUGGAUCGCAGUUUCGCGACUCUGGACGAAGUGCAUUUGCAGCUGGAUGCGUGGACGCUCUACGGCCUCGUACUGCGGCAGAUGCCAUCGACUCGCAACGACGCGUUGCAGUGCUUUGCGUCGGUCGUCGCUCUCAGUAAAGUCUGGCCGAACGUCGCGACUCCGUGCGUGGCAGCGGCAGCGUUCUGUCUCACAAAGGACCUCGUGCACACGGCGCUGGCACCGGCCCUCGACGUCCUCCACCACGGCGCGUCCUACUACGUGAACGACAAAGGAGGGCUUUUGACAUCCAUGUACCUCCGCCGCAUCAAGAUGCUCGCGUCCGUCCUGCGGCAUCGCUCGAGCAGCACCGCCGCGCGAUAGAGUCGCUAGCAUCCCACUAAUUAGAAUAGUCUCUUUUAGCCGAGA